AUGUUGAUUGUAGAGACAAGUUUCGUCUGCACAAUUACAUUUUCCAGUACGAAACAUGAAAAAACUAUUAAAUGUUGUUCCAAGAAGAAAUUUUUAUCUGAGAAAUCAAGAAAACAAAACAAACCCAGAAUUUUUCCUUUCAAAUUUUCCACCAACAAGAUUCUACUUCAGUCUGCAGUUGGAGUGUUUGCAUUGGGAUUCAUUGAUGCCGGGUAUAGUGGGGACUGGUCAAGAAUUGGGGUGAUCUCAAAACAUACUGAAGAUUUGCUUAAGUUAACAGCCUUUUUUGUAGUUCCUUUCUGCCUGUUUCUGAUAUUUUCCUUCUCUGAGAAAGUUGAAAAAUGA